UAUCCCUAACUACUAUAUUGAAUGCACUUAAAGCAAUCAUGGAUGAGUCCCAUAAUACCGAAAGAACCUCACCAUUCUAUAUUCAUGCGAACAACUCUUCUGCUUCUAAUUUUCAGACUCAGUCCAAUAACCUCGCUUCAAAUGUUUCCAGUGUGGGUUUCAACAAUCUCAAGAAGAUCAUGACUAAUUCUUCACUGGGAUCCAAUGUCAGUACUAGCACCUUGAAGACAAAUCCACUAACAAGAUUGUUCACGAAAAAUCGGUCAGUUACUAAUAUCUUCCAACCACCAAUUCAGUUUGACACAAGUUCCCAAUACAACAAUAGUGAUGAGGAAACUCAAUCGACAAUAUCUAGUUUGGAUACUAAGAAGCCUCAAAGUACGUCCAAGUUUCGACUAUCUAAAAGUAGAUUAUUUAACAACAAAAGUAACAAUGUCAAACCCGAAUUGACUAUUCAAACCAGUGGUCAUCAUGGGUUGAAGGUAUCAAAAAAAAUAUUGAGCUCAAGUCUGUUAAACGAUAAUACAGGUGUAACUGGGCGAAAGAACUCUGUGAGUUCUCCUGGAGGAACAUUUCAUAAUUUAUUUCACAGGAAUCAAGCCAUUACACAAUCCAAUCCAGAUUCGGGAAAGUUAAUGAAUCCAAAUGAUUUCAGCACGAAGCAGAAAACUAGCAGUGCAUCCAGAACUUCUUUGAGUCUCUCAUCAAAUAAUUCAAACUCGUAUGUUUCUGAUAUCAAGUUUGCUCUGUUGUAUAAAUUUACCGACCCCGACUAUUCUGUCGAAGAGAUUGAGGCACCGAAUGAUCACACUAUGUUGUUGGAUAUACACAGGAAGUUACUGAUGCCAACAGAUCAAUACUUACAAAACAGAACUCAAAAAGGUCAAAGUCAAGAAUUAGGAUUAGGUAUUCUGGGGGAUUCUUAUGAUAACGAAUACAGGUAUCAUAAUGGUAAGAACAACGCAAAGUUUUUUGAAAAUCUAUUGUACAUCACAAGGCCAAUAUUUAUGCCCUCUACACAAAAGACUUUGAGUAAUGGGUUGCAGCAUCCUUACACUGGAUUUACCAUUGAGGAUAUUGCAAGUAUAAUCAAAGAAUACUAUUGGAGAGAGCCCUCUUCCAUAGUCCAGCCGAACAAGUUAACAAUUGAACCAGGCCAGCACUCGUCUACGCCUGCAUCUUCUACACAAAGAAUGACAAAAUCCAAAUUAAAACCACUAAGAACAAAUAGAAGCAGUUCUACAGCAUCGAUCACAACACCCAAUGAGUUGUAUGAAAAAUUUGAUGAAUUGAAGAUCAGAGAAAUCUCACUAGAUUUGUUUACAUUUUUCGUGAAAUGUAUGAACAUGUUGAAGAAAGAUUUUGAUAUGGAAAGUGGGGAUGAAGAAGAGUUAAGAACACCUUCGCCAUCUAAAGUAAAUAAUUCUUCAAGUGUCAUUAAGCAAUGGUUGAUUUUAUCGACAAUUUGGAUCUAUUUCAACAAGAAAAUACGAUUCGCUUUGAUAGGAAUAUUCCAACCACUACAACACCUUUUUCAUGAGAUUUCUUCGCAGGGCUUACGAUCUAAUAUAAUUAUCGAUGUUGAGAUAGAAAACACAAUAUUAUUGGCCUUCCGUGAUGUGAUAAUACAUCCAUUCUUGCUACAACACAGUAUGAUAAAUGAGUCGUUCGAAGUUUGGGUAGAUUCCAACGAUAAAGUUAACAAUUCUCAUCCAGCUUUAACAAAUUCAGAAGAGCAGACCAUGCUUUCUUCACAUAAAGAAUUGUUAGACAAUUUGAUAGAAUGCUUUGGGGAAGUAUUAUCCAAUACUAGACUGCACACUCCACAUGCGGAUAGCGAGCAGUCUUUCAAAAAUCAACUAUUCGAGAAAGCAUUUGCAUGGCUCAUAAAAUUGAGAUAGAAAUGUUCUUUAGUUUAUCAGGACCAAAAAUGACGAAUAUUUACUGCUUCAAUAUUAGGAAGUACUAAUUUAUUUAAACAGACGUAUUGCAUAGCUUUGUCAAUCUGUCUAAUACUCGAUGACAUUUUGCAGGUGAUCGCUCUUUAGUGUACCGAUUUUGUAGAUUAAUGAAAAGAUAAACUAAAAGUACUAGAAAAGAAGAGAAAUAAAUAGUAGCCA